UCUCAUCGCUCAUAGGGUGUUGCUGUUGAUAAUGAAACAAAUGCCGAACUUCCACACAUUAGACGAACCAAUAGAACUACUCUUCGUUUGCCAUACGGUAGUAGAUACCGUUUCUGUGGCGGUGCACGAUGUUGAGAGAAAGGUUUCUUAUCUGCUUAUAAAACAAAACACAUCACCAGAAAGAAAAACCCAUGCAUGGCCGCUAGCUAUUUUUUAAAUGAUAGAAAUAGGUAAACAUGUGACAUAAGCAACGUAGAGAAUUAUUAAAGUAUCAUUUAGGGUGUUCUUAGGAGGAUGUUGAAGAACGUUCAUUUGAUUUUUAUUUUUUAACCACACAGUGAGUAAACACACUGAGCGUAAUGUCUACUGAAGGCAGCUGUUCGGGUUAUUGCUUGCAAUACUGAUGUGAUACUUUCCAGCUACGACUUACCGACUAGGCUAAAAUAGUGUGUAUGACUAGGUUUGUGUAUAAGUUAGCGUAUUUUCGAUCCGUUCAUACCGCAGCUCCCACGUGUCACAGCCAGGAACCAUUUAGCAAUAUUAUUUCCUGCGCAGAGACAGAUAACGUGUAGUACAUUUCUACACUACGCCCGUCCACGAUUACCCAUAUAGCCAUCUCCAUCCGAGUACGGGUAUGGGGUAUCUGGCGUGACGAAGUAGUUGAUUUUCAUCAAAACGACGACGGACCACUGCACAUCUGCUCAACCUAGCACAGCUUCGCUAAAGGCACACCACCGCAAAGGGGAUGGUGUUGCUAUUGGUGGACAGGGUCAAUAAAGGAAUAUAAUACUCUCAAGGGAAAAACAAAGCAAAGAAUACACAACUCACUUAGCGGAACCUAGCGAAUAUUAGCCAUCUGCCCAUUGUAGACUCGAUGACUCAUUACUUAUAGUCCACGGAAAGUGUGCAGCUAGUAUAUAACACAGCAUAGAGCCGUGCUACUACCGUUGGAUUACAUGUUAUUAAUACUAAUCAAACAAGCAUAACUAGAGUACUGUAAAUGGCAGCGUAGAGGAAGGUGGUGCUACCACGGCCGGAGUUCAUCUGUACUUUGAAAGGCUAGCGUUGUUCUAUACGAAAAAAAUGGUCCAGUGGCCCAGCGCAGGCUCGCUGUUGUGUAAAGAAGCUGGAAAAACACAAAGUUAGUUCUUGAGUAGAGUGUUUCUGUAAUUAAAGAAAAAAUUGAAUGAAUAAAUCCGCUGCUAUACUAGGUGCCCACAAUAUAACUGCAAAUAAACU